UUUCCGUGUCCUCAUAUUUGUAGCCCCACUUCUCACUGCCUCUCCAGCCUCCGCUUCCCUUCUUCCUUUUGAUCUCUUCUCUCCCCUCUUCUUCUUCCUUUCACUUGGCAUCCUUCGAGUUAGGCAGUUUGGAUCUUGGGGGUAAAGGAGUGUAGCUUCCUUUUGUUUCUUCCCAGCUGGGGGGAAAGAAAUCUGAGUGGAGAAGAGAGAGAGGAACAGGAAGGGAGGGCUGCUGACCAGGCAAAGUGGUUUGGAGCUGCUGUCUGAGUGUCUGGGCCUUUUUCUUGCGACGACAUGAAGAAGCUCUCCUUCUUCCUCUCGCUGCUGGCCGCCGUCGCUGUUGUUCAUGGCGAGGAUGGUGCAUACAUCGGCGUCAACAUCGGCACGGCCAUGUCAUCGGUGCCGGCCCCGACGCAGAUCACGACGCUGCUCCGGUCGCAGAACAUCCGCCACAUCCGCCUCUACGACGCGGACCCGGCGAUGCUGUCGGCGCUGGCCAACACGGGAAUCCGCGUGAUCGUGUCCGUGCCCAACGAGCAGCUCCUGGGCAUCGGCAACUCCAACGCCACGGCGGCCAAAUGGGUGGCCCGCAACGUUGCCGCCCACUACCCGUCCGUGAACAUCACGGCCAUCGCCGUGGGCUCCGAGGUGCUCUCCACGCUCCCCAACGCCGCCCCGCUCAUCAUGCCCGCCGUGCGCUUCCUCCAGAACGCGCUCGUGGCGGCGUCGCUGGACCGGUUCAUCAAGGUCUCCACGCCGCACUCCUCCUCCAUCAUCCUCGACUCCUUCCCGCCGUCGCAGGCCUUCUUCAACCGCUCCCUGGACCCCGUGCUGGUGCCGCUGCUCAAGUUCCUGCAGUCCACGGGCGCGCCGCUCAUGCUCAACGUCUACCCGUACUACGACUACAUGCGCUCCAACGGCGUCAUCCCGCUCGACUACGCGCUCUUCCGGACGCUGCCGCCCAACAAGGAGGCCGUCGACGCCAACACCCUGCUGCACUACACCAACGUCUUCGACGCCGUCGUCGACGCCGCCUACUUCGCCAUGGCCUACCUCAACGUCACCAACGUGCCGGUCAUGGUGACCGAGACCGGGUGGCCGCACAAGGGCGACGCGUCCAGCGAACCGGACGCCAACGCCGACAACGCCGACACGUACAACAGCAACCUCAUCCGGCACGUCAUGAACGUCACCGGCACGCCCAAGCACCCAGGGGUGGCCGUGCCCACGUACAUCUACGAGCUCUACGACGAGGACACCCGCCCCGGGACGACGUCGGAGAAGUACUGGGGCCUGUUCGACAUGAACGGCAGCCCGGCGUAUGCUCUGCAUCUCACGGGGUCCGGCCAGCUGCUGGCCAACGACACGACCAACAACACCUUCUGCGUGGCGCGGGACGGCGCGGACGAGAAGAUGCUGCAGGCGGCGCUCGACUGGGCUUGCGGCCCGGGGAAGGUGGACUGCUCCGUGCUGACGCAGGGCCACGCGUGCUAUGAACCGGACACCGUGCAGGAUCACGCCACGUACGCGUUCAAUGCGUACUACCAUGGGAUCGGGAUGGGCUCGGGGUCCUGCUACUUCUCUGGGGUCGCCGUCGUCACAACCACCGAUCCAAGUCACGGAUCUUGUGUUUAUGGUGGCAAGAACGGCAGCGCGUUGCUGAACGGCACAUCGAUGGCGCCGUCGUCGAAUUCAACAGCGGACGCCGGCUCCCAUCGAGCAGUCGGCGAUGUCUCGUCAUUCCUCCGGAGCGUCGCCGCCGCGCUGCUCUUGAGCGUCGUUCUGUUGUAGGUAGGAUGCGAGUAGCAGGCAGGCCUGGCUGGCGAGAGAUUCUUUUGUUGUGAAGUGCGAUUACCUUCGGUGCUGGGUGAUCAUUGUCAUUCCAAAUGGAACGGGACGUGGUUCUGUUGCUCUUAAGACGUGCUCGGCUGCUCUGGACUCUGGUAUUGGUUGGGAUUUUGUUUGGAUGUUGAAUGAAGGAGCAACCUGUUCGCGCUUGACCCCAAGUGCACAAUCAAA